ACAAACGAUGCUGACACCGUGGGGCCUGCAUGCGCACUACUCAGCUCAAUGGUCAUUGUAUGGUCACCGGGAUGUUCUUGGUGCCACACUUCGACACCCUAUCUCGUCUUGCUGAAUGGGUCGGCUCUAUGUGUAAAGCCGUAAUGAUUAUUUAAAUGCACAGCUUAACCUUUUAGGAGUUGCUACAACAGAUAAGACCCAGUCAUUGUUAAUGGGCAAUACCGUGAACCCUGGGGAACAUCCACAUGUCGUCUGUCAAUUUGUGAAUAUGUUGAACAUGCUUCUAUGUUCAUGUGCCGGUUGUGUAACAUCUUCUCUCCGAGCCGGGCUCAGCUGCUGGUGCACUGCUCCCAGCUCCAUCCCCAGCACCAGCCGGCCGGUGACAUCCUCGUGUCGCUGCAGCCCCUGGCCGGCCCUGAGGUGGCUCAGGCCGGCCCUGAGAAGCCUCAGGCCGGCCCUGAGAAGCCUCAGGCCGGCCCUGAGAAGCCUCAGGCCGGCCCCGAGGAGCCUCCAACUGUUAAACCUGCGAAGCGAAAGCGGGGACGACCGAAAGGCUCCACGAAGAAGAGCCUGUUGGAGAGUUCUGAAGGACAGGCUGGCCCUGACCUUCUCCCAUCAGAGACCUGGUACGGGAGGGAACAGGAGGCCAGGCCGGGGGAAAAGGAGAGUCAAGGGGAGUGCCAUGGGACCACCGCCAGCUUGGAGUGCAGCAAAUGCAGUCGGUCGUUCAGCAACAGAAGGCAGAUCCUCAAACACAUCUGCCUGAAAGAAGACAAGGAUGCAGACGAAGAGGAUGGGGAGGAGGACAAUGGGAAUGUAGAUGGGGCCAAGAUCCAGAGAACCAGUCGAAAAGGUCGGACGCAGGCCUAUGACAGAACCUUCACCCACCAAGAAGGUGUUCCCGCUGGCUGGAACAAAAAGUCUGUGAUCAGCGUUGUCCUGACGGAACAUGAAACCCUCGCAGAUGCUACGAAGAUGGUACCGGUAGAGUCUGCUACAGCAGAGGCAGAUUCUUCGGCCUCCAACCCUCAGCAUGGUGGGAAGCCUGAGGGGACCGAAGCCCCCAGCGUCGCUGCAGCUGGCCCAGAUAACCCAGAGUCCCAACCCACAGAGACGAGCACGGACCUUGACCCUGCAUCCAACACAGCCUACAACCAAGGCUUUCAGGAAUACUCCAUUAAGCAAGUUAGUACCAGUCUUGUUGAAAGCCAGCUGAAGAUCUUCACCUGUGAGUUCUGCAAUAAGAUCUUUAAGUUCAGGCACUCUCUGGUGGCUCACCUCCGGACCCACACCCAGGAGAAGCCCUUCCAGUGUCCACACUGCAGCUACGCCUCAGCUAUCAAAGCCAACUUGAACGUCCACCUGCGGAAACACACGGGGGAGAAGUUCAGCUGCCCUCACUGUCCGUUCAUCUCCCUCAGUCCUGGCCACUUAAAGGUCCACGUGGAGCGGGUCCACCUGAAGGUGAAGCAGCACUGUGAGUUCUGCCAGAAGAAGUACUCUGACGUGAAGAACCUGCUGAGGCACAUGGAGCAGCGGCACAACACGAAGGAGCCGGCCGUACAGCAGAGCUACCAGCAGCUCAGGCUGAAGACGCGACAGGGCCAGAGGCAGCUCCUCUACCACUGCCCCACCUGCAACCGGCGCUUCAAGAACCAGCUGCAGCGGGAGCGCCACCUGCUGGUGCACGGGCCCCAGCGGCCCUUCGGCUGCCUGCUCUGCGACUACGCCGCCACCAAGAUGUCGGCCCUCGGCGCCCACGUGCGGAAGCACCUGUUCCUGUACGUGUGCGGCCGCUGCGGCGUGACGUGCACGAGCUCCCAGCGGCUGAGGGCCCACCUGAAGGAGCGGCACCCGGACGCCGAGCCCGAGCAGGCCUUCGUCGACUGCAUCAACGGCAGCUACUGCCUGAUGCAGCCGGGGGACGACGCCUGGAGGGAGGGCCCGGACGAGGGGGCCGCAGGGGGCCGUCGGGGAGGGGAGGGCGGGGCCGUCGGGGAGGAGGAGGAGGGGGGGGACCGACCGGAGCCCGCGGAGGAGGGGGGGGACCGACCUGUGGAAGACGGUGGAACGCUGGCCAGGAAGGACGGGGGGGAGGUCAGGGUGGAGCCGAUGGAGGAGGAAGGAGCCGAAGGAGGCGGGGACGACCCUCAGAGCGGGGGGACGGCGGCAGGGGGAGGUGGAGCGAGGGGGCAGGGUGAGGUGGAAGCGAGGGGGGAGAACGGAGAGGCGGUGAUCGUUGAGGGGAAGAGUUUCCCGUCGGAUUACAAAGAGGCCGUCGGCCAGAAGGGGUCAGUAGAGGACACCGCUGAAGAGGACAUCGCUGAAGAGGACAUCACAGUAGAGGACACCACCGUAGAGGACACCGAUGUAGGGGACAUCCCUGUAGAGGACACCGCUACAGAGAACAUCACUGUAGAGGACACCGCUACAGAGAACAUCACUGUAGAGGACACCGCUACAGAGAACAUUACUGUAGAGGACACCGCUACAGAGAACAUCACUGUAGAGGACACCGCUACAGAGAACAUUACUGUAGAGGACACCGCUACAGAGAACAUUACUGUAGAGGACACCGCUACAGAGAACAUCACUGUAGAGGACACCGCUACAGAGAACAUCACUGUAGAGGACACCGCUACAGAGAACAUCACUGUAGAGGACACCGCUACAGAGAACAUCACUGUAGAGGAAAUCGCAGCAGAGGACGUGGAUGAGAAGCUUCCGGGUGGCUCAGCCCCAAAGGAGGGAGUGGAUGGGGACUCCUCUCAGCCUGGUGCUGAUGAAACCCCCGCACUCGUGUCCGUCAGCGGAACUGCACGUGAAAACCCGAAGACCCAGCCAGACGGAGCUGACGAAAACCCAGGCUCGACAUUCAUCGAAACCGAUGGGAGUACAGCCGUCGAAUCGUCUGGUCAUCCUGUUCCACCCUCGGCCCGACCGGCACAGACGACCGCAUCUACAGACACGCCUGAUUCGGAAAGCAGCCCCAAAGAUCUGUCCCCUGAGGAUUCAAACAACGACGGAGGAAAAGAUGGCUCUGAAUCUCGUUCGGAAACGGAACCCGAGGCCCAAGAGCAGAACGCCUUCCAGAAGGUUUUGGCGUCCCUCAACAAAACCCAGCUCAACAUGGAGUUGUUCAAGCGGCUCCGCAAGAUAUACGGAGACCUGGAGUGUCAGUACUGUGGAAAGCUCUUCUGGUACCAGGUGCACUAUAACCUCCACGUGCGCACGCACACCAAGGAGCACGUGCACUACUGCAGCCAGUGCGACUACUCGUCCAUCACAAAGAGCUGCCUGAAACGCCACGUGGUGCAGAAGCACAGCGGCCUGCUGCUGGCCUGCCCCAGCCCCGGCUGCAGAUACACCUCCCCCGACAAGUACAAACUGCAGUCCCACCUGAGGACGCACCAGGAGCAGGUGAAGGCCUGUCCUGUUUGCAAUCAGAACUUCCCAGAAUACAGACUGAUGCACCACAUCCGAAACACACAUCCCGACACCGUACCCCAGCAGGGCACCGGGUUGAUGGUGAAGCGGGCAGAGAAGUGUCCUUACUGUGACUCCUACUUCCUCAAGAACAGCAGUGACCUCCAGCAACACAUCUGGGCACACGAAGGCCUGAAGCCCUUCCACUGCACGGUGUGUGAGUACGCCAGCCGCAGUAAGAGCAACCUGAAGGCCCACAUGAACCGCCACAGCAGCGAGAGGAGCCACCUCUGUGACCUGUGUGGCAAGAAGUUCAAGUCCAAGGUGACUCUGAAGAGCCACCGGCUCAGCCACAGCGCAGAGGGGAAGCGCUUCCAUUGUUCAGAAUGUGAGUAUACGUCCGUGUCCAAACCUGCCCUACUCAGACACAUGGAGCAGCAUGCUGGAUUUAAGCCGUUCCGCUGCGCCCACUGCCCGUACUCCUGUAACAUCUCCGGGCCUCUGAAGAGACACUACAGCCGCAAGCACCCCGACCAGGAGUACCACAACGCAGGCCCCGGCCUCCCCAACGCAGACUCCCUGGAGCUCCAAGGUGGUAUAAAGUGUCCCGUCUGCGAGUUUGUCUACGGCACCAAGUGGGAGCUGAACCGACACCUGAAGAACAAACACAACCUCAAACUGAUGGAGGGGCCCGGGUCCUGGGAGGUGAUGGAGACGGUGGAGGAGCAGUACGUGUCUGUCGGCGAGGAGGAACAGCAGACGGAGACGGUGGUGACAGCAUCCCUGCCGGGGGACGCCCACGGCCAGGUGAACAUCCUCCAGCAGAUCAUCGAGCUCAGUUCAGAGAAUCACAAUGCAGUGGCUUCUGUGGUUACCAUGGCGCCAGGCACCUUGACGAUGGUAGAGCAGGUGGCGGAUGAGCCGGAGGGCAGAGGGCCCAUGAACCAGCUGAUGCUGGAGGGAGAGGGAGACCCCAACAGCAAUCAGUUGAUGGUGGUGGAGGAGACGGAGGGGCUGGACGCUCUGACGGUCUUCACCUCCCAGGGGGAUGGCACUCACCACUACAUCGUCUACGUGCAGGAGCAGACCGUUGAGAUCGAUUAGUGCCAUAUGCGUACCAGGAGAGUGGCCAGCGAUGUAAACACUGGUUCUGUUGGGCUGCACUCUAAUAUCGAUUUUGUCAAAGGGGGAGGGGGGGACAAGAAUGUUAACGAUAUAACAUUUUUGUCAUAAAA